UCCGGCCGGCAGUCAGCGUUGGACGAGCCGAGAGUGUGGACGCGUGCGCGCCAAUUUCUCUCUUCCAGUGAGAAGAGUUCGCAAAAAAGAGAGUGAGAAUUUGCGCGAAUUUUGCGUUGGUCAAAAAGGACCAAAGGAUCGGCGCGGGACGGGAUUCGAUCGCGGGUGCUUUCGCUUGCAAGUCGGUUUAUGCAAAUCGUCGCUCGAGAAGAGAGGAGAAGUGGCGCAGGUUCGGUUAUUUUUGCACAGGUGUUUUCGAAAACGUGAAUAAUCACGCGAGUUGCCAUUAAGCUAAUAGGUGAAUAUCGAUAGCGAUCAAUUCCUGCAAGGUGUUAAGCCGCACACGAAGCAUUCCGAAUAAAUCAACUGUGAAUAGAAGAGAAGAAGAGAAGCAGUGCCAGCAAGAAUCUCGCCACAGAAGAAAGUGAAUUCACUAGACUUGGUCACAGUGUCGAAGAACCUACGGUACUACUACGGUGGUCAACCCGGUGUUGACCCCCCCUCACACAUCCCACGCGUCCAAACCAGCUACGAAGACCCGAUCAUAGCGCUGGCGAGCAUGGCGAGAAUUACGGAGAACCAUUUAUCAACGAAGCUGGCAAUACUAACCGUCGCAUUGUUCUGUUUGACAGAACAUCACCUCGUUGAGGCAUUCGCGAGGGAUGCAACAGUUCGAAGAUCAUCAGAACUACAGAGCGGCAACCACAGCAGGAAUCACCCGUUCCACAUAAAUCAUCCUCGAUCGAGUCGCAGCAGCAGCAACUACAGUGGCGCCAUCAGCCGCAGCAACGAUCUUGUCCGAAUCAACGGCGCUAAGCCUGCGGAUCACCACCGGUACGGUGGACUCAACAAGACCCAGUACAUGUACGAGCACGUCCAAACCGGGUCUGUGACGUUGCCCCGCGGAGGACGCGCCUUCCUCGAGCCGGACCAGAACAGGACGCUGGCGUACACGGCGAAGCUGGACACGGCCGUCUACCGCCAGAAGCCCCACCACGGCAGAAACCGCGCCCAGCACCGUCAACGCCACAUGGACUGGACCUCGGCGGCGAUCGCCACCACCGGUGGAAACCGCCGCUCGUUCCACGAACCGGGCGUCAAGUCAACCGUCGUGAACGGCCUCUGCAUCAAGUGUCCGGCCGAGAAGACCGCCAUCGCACGCAAGGGUCUCGACGGGGUGCUGAUCGAGCCGCCGAUGCUGACGACCUGCCGCAACCAGCCGAUUUCACGCGACCUGUACGAGCUCGAGACGCUGUUCGGGAACAAGUUCAACUUUGUGCUGCCCCACUCGGCCGGCGGGGUUCCGUACUCCUUUCUGGCGCGGGUUGUCAACGCGCGCUCCGGCAAGGUCGUCCAGACGUGCGACUUGCGGUACAAAGUGAUCGUGAAGCAGUGCGGUCGGUAUCACCCCAAGAGUAAGGAUCUGAAGGUGGCGUGCGAUUUGGGGCAGAUCUGGGGAUCGAAGUGCACGUUUCACUGCAGAAAUGGGGGGUAUUUGAGCGCGCCAGGGGCGUUUGUAGAGUGUAGCGAGGAGCAGACCUGGGAGGGUGACGAACCGUACUGCAGCUAUAAUGAGGUUUCCGACGACUACGCGUACGACACCGACACCCAGCUCGGUUCUGACUGCACCUACCAGAUCCCCCCAAACAACGGCCGGUUUGCGUGCGAAAUUAAACCCACCUCCGGCAACGACCUGUACGUUCCGACGGGGACCGUCUGUCGGAUCAAGUGCAACGACCACUUCGAGAUCCCGCCCCAUCUGCGGUCGGCGUCCGUUUUCGAGUGCCACGAGGGCCGCUGGAAUUCCACGAUGCGACACUUUUGCCACAAGGCGGGCAGCAGCUCCGGAAUGCAGCUCCCCAAGCGGAGGUACGGCUAAACGGUGCAUCACCAUAAGAAAACGCUAGGACGUAAAAGAUAAAAACGCUUGAUUUAUUGCUCCCUUAAUAUGAGUGUGUGGAAACGAGUACGCGAACUUGGAUGUGAUUUGUUUGAAUGGAAACCGCGUGAGGGUAGGUCGCGAAGAAAAUUUCAAAGCUUUUGUAUUUAGCAUUUCGUGAUUUCUAUAUGCACCACUAAAGCAAAAAAACAAAAACGAAAA